GUGCCCACAAUGCACUGCAAAGAAACAUGGCCGACUCUUGCCUGGAAGUGUUAUCCAAACGAGAAUGAAUGUGCUGUUUCCGUGCCAUCUCAGCUGACAUUCCUUAAAACAAUCGUAUAUCCAAGUCUGUGAAGUUAUUAUUACAGAUUAUGUUUUUGUAAUCGCACUGUGAGGAGCCGACGAGUCUCUGCGUUUUUUCUGGAGGACUUUCCUGUAAUAGCUGACCAGAGCAGGAUGGCAGGAAUUUUAGCCAAGCGUGAGGGACCGCAGUUCAUCAGCGAAGUAGCUGUGAGAGGAAACGCCGCCGUGCUGGACUACUGCCGCACCUCUGUCUCCGCUCUGUCCGGCGCAACCGCUGGCAUCCUCGGGCUGACUGGACUGUAUGGCUUCAUUUUUUAUUUCCUCGCCUCUUUUCUCCUCUCUCUGCUGCUCAUUCUCAAGGCCGGACGUCGAUGGAACAAAUGCUUCAAAUCGCGGCGGCUGCUCUUCACCGGGGGCCUUGUCGGAGGUCUUUUCACUUAUGUCCUGUUCUGGACUUUCCUCUAUGGAAUGGUGCAUGUGUACUAGAAUGAACUGACACAAAAUAACCCCAAAUUAGUCCUAUCUAAUGCUACGUAAACUAAUAAUAUUGUCUGCCCUGCUGUUUGUAGAUAAGCCAUUAGUAAAGGACUUAUUCCAUUAUGAACUGUUGAUUAAACAGAGGAUGUGUCAAUAAUUAUAGUAUGCAGAAUAAAUUGUUCUCUUAUCCUUUCUGCUCCACAUUUAGUAAUGACUUUAUUCAACCUGUAACUCCUGCUCUGCGCUCAGGAUGAGAGCCAUGGUUAUGAUAACGUAGGUUGUAGUGUAACAGAUCAAAACGGAUUACUUCCUAACAAGGUGUAAGCACUUUGCAUUGCAUUUCAUGUACAAUACUAUGAUUAAAUUAUAACAAAUCUGAUUACUAAAUAAAUACCUCUGUACAA